AUGGGAACCAUAGACUUUAGGGCUGCUUCAGAUGAAAACUCGAUUGCGGAUCUCAGCGGUCAAGUCCACCAGGUCCCUUGCUGCAUUAGAUUCGAUGGUUCUGCUGAAGUUUCUCACUAUUUCAAGCCUAAAUCUACUGAGGUGGAGAUCGAUGGAGUAAGAAUGGAAGAAGCUCAUUUCAGAGGAAGGAGGUUGCAGGGAGCAACUAUCUCACUACCUAGUGGCUAUUCUGGUUUUGUGCUUGGACAGGCGAGUAACCAAAAUGCUAAUGGAAAGAGAAAAGCUUGUAGUUCCACAGAAGAGAACCCGUGUUGGGAAGCGAAGGCAAAAUUCGACAAAAUGACAUACUGGAAUCACGAUAAUCUUCCUUCAAAAGAUGAUACUUUCUUGCGGUCUUUUCAUUGGUUUAGCAUUGCAGAAGCGCUGCAUAAGCCAGUGAAAGUUGAAGACUUGGUUGCAGUAUCACAUGGUGAAAAGUGA